AUUUCGUCAUAUGACGUAUGACGCAUUCUUGAAUUGGCUGACAAUCAAUCGGUUUUGUAGGUACAAUUCGUGAGUGUUACACGUUAGACACACCCGUUAGUAAGUUAUUUGGACUCUUAGAGCCGUAAUAAAGCACUGCAAGGCACGCCCAAACGUUUGAAACUCAAGGAAAAAGAAUAAAAAUGGCAGUACCGCCGAUAUACAACCCGGUGAUACCGUGCGUGCACCCCAUCCCGGGCGGCAUGUACCCGGGGCGCAUGCUCCGCAUCCAGGGCAGAGUGCCCCCCGGCGCACAGAGGUUCGCGAUCAACCUGCAGUGCGGACCCAACACGGACCCGCGGGACGACAUCGCGCUGCACCUCAACUUCCGCUUCGUGGAGAUGUGCGUCGUGCGGAACCACCUCAGCAACAUGAGCUGGGGCGCCGAGGAGACGGCGGGCGGGAUGCCGCUGCACGCCAACGGGGAGACCUUCGAGGCGCUGGUGCUGUGCGAGCCGCGCGCCCUCAAGGUGGCGCUGAACGGCGUGCACUUCUGCGAGUUCCCGCACCGGCUGCAGUACCAGCGCAUCUCGCACCUCACGGUGGACGGGGACGUGCUCGUGCAGUUCAUCGGGUUCGAGGGCGCGCAGCCCCCGCCGCCGGCCAACAUGUACAUGUCGGAACCCCCCGUGUACGGCGGGUACGGCGCUCCGCCCCCCGCCUACGGAGCCCCGGGCUACGGUCCGCAGCAAGGUUACACGGCCGCGGCGUACGAGAGUCCGACAGCGGCGUACGGGCAGACGGUGCAGGGGGGAGGGCGGCGCGGGCUGGGGACGGGGGGCGCGGUGGCGCUGGGGGCGGGCGCGCUGGCCGCGGGGGGGCUGGCGGGGUACGCGCUCGCGGGCGGCUUCUCCAGCGACAGCGCCGCCGACGACGAGGUGAGCGCGAUGGCGGAGUCGGUCGAGUUCGGCGGCGACGACUGGGCGGAAUGAAACAGGGCCCGCCUGCUCCUGCCGCUGCUGAGGUUCGCGUUCCUCCUGCUCGCGGUCAGGGCCCUGCUCGUGCUCGCGCAGGUACUCUACUGGUUCUACAACUUCGAGUAGACAUGAGGUCGGACCGCAGCACGUUGAGCAAGCCGUGAGCACUCGUGAGCACUCGUGAGCAUAUAAAAUGUUAUUUAUGUACAAAGCGAUCCUUGAGCGAUGCGAAGACACAGUACGAGCUGUAUCUCGAAUCCACGCCGCAUUACUGCAGCACUGAGCUACGUUCUCAUCAUACAUCCGACCUCAUGUCUCUAAAGCUAUUUAUUAAAAUGAAUAUAAAUUUAAUUGUAUCGUGUAAUAUUAGGUAUAUAUAAAUGUAUAUAUAUGGUAGUGGAUUUAAUGUUUAGUAAUGUUCUGUGUCGUCGCUGUGUGAGCUCUUCAUUCGCGAGACGGGGGUGCGGGGGGUCGCGAGCGGGGAGGGGGGCCGCGUUGUCUCACAUUGAGAUAUAAAGUCGUGGUGCAUUCGAAGUGUACUCGAAGUCGAAAAGACGGAUAAUGUUCCAUCGUGUGUCUUAGUCGAAAACAAUAUUUGUCUGUAAAGUUAUAAACGGAACUCGUAAGUCGUAUUGUUGACGUCACACACACAGGGGGGGGGGGCACGAGUGAGAGGGGGGUGGAGGGGGGGGUCACGCUUGUCUGUACCACGUAUCGGUUGAAUGAGUAGUGUACGCCAGCUGAACCUCUUCGAUGAGACUACGGCUGGCACUGGUUGUGGUCGCGGAAGUAACACUCCCUCCCCCCCCCACUCCCCUGCCCUUCCGGACCCUAGGAAUGUAUAUAUCGGCAUACUCACAUUUCCCUCGCCUUUUCUCUGAGAGCUUCAACACGUGUGACUCACUUAUCUCACAAUAAUGCUCACGGGCGCUCACGGCUUACCUGUUAUCUAUAGGUGUCUUUAUAUGCCCAGCAGCUAAUAUUGAAUAGUUUUAAGUAUUAAUUUCUGCUAACAGUCCAGAGCUAUGUAGUACAGUGUAGUGUGGGGGGCGUCGCGUCGGCUUGCAAUUGUAUUGAAUACAGGGCUGGCACACGACGUGCAUCGGUAGUGAAGUGUUACGUCAGCCCGCAGUGGAUGCGCACAAACGUUGCGGGGCGUUGACCCCGGGAGCGACCCCCCAACCCCCCGCGGGGGGGACCCGCACGCUAUUGAGCACUAUACAAAUAUUAUGUAUGAUAGUAAUGUAAAUGUUUCAAAAAUGUUUAUUUCGCAAAUUACUCUUGAAGGUAGAUGACUACGUACCAACACCAAGUGUUUUAAUAUUGUGCCUAACGUUUGGAUAAAUAUAAUUUCUAAAAUAUUAUAAAUACAUGUGUGUAUGUAUAUAUUAUUUAUUUACCUGCCAUGUGUAUAACUAGCCUUGAACGAAGCGCUCUUCCACUGUUCCACUGUAGGAAAGUGCGGAGAGUGCUUAGUUGAAGGACAUUCCGCAGCAGUGACGUACGCGCGUGUCGGUCUAUAGUGUAAGUGUAAUAAAUUAUUUAGACGUU